CUCCUCACAGGCAGAACUCCUGUAUUCUGUAGUCCUGCUUGCUUGCUUCUGCCGCUAGUUUCACUACUACUAGUUUUCGUCUGGACUGACCGUAGACAUGUAGCUUCGAAACGGACGGCAUUGGAAAUAUCGCGAUCUACAAUUCUGCUCAGUCAGUUAAUGCAACUACUGCUCUUUUAUGCUACAACACUUUCCACAUCCAGGUUCUACGUACCUUAACUCCAUUACAUUAAUUCGACCACAUGAAUAAUUAUCCACAGGCUAUUCAUUGCACGACUCACUGUGCGGGAGAUUGAUGUACAUGAUGUACAUCGCAGGCCGUGUGUUUCGGCGUAUGAUCAGAGUGAUCAGAGGGAUCAGAGUGACCGAGAGUGCGGUUGUUGUGGGCAGGUGAUAUGUUGUGUACCGUACAUUUAUCUCUUACUCAAAAAUGGUACUGUAAAAAUUGUGAAUAAGUGUACUCUUGAGCAUGUGUAGGCAGCAUUAUAAUGCGAUACGUUACAUCAUCAUACUUUGAUUAUGUAAAUGAUGUAUGCUGCUUACUGACCAGGCAAAUGCAGUAACAUAAACGCAGAUAACAUCAUAGAAACUUGUAGAUGAGAACAUUAAGUCAGAUCUUUUAACUACACAAGGGUGUGUCUGGUACUGUGUGUGAGUUGUGUGCAAACAGGUAAUGUCUGUGGAAAAUCUGCACAAAGAUUGCACUCCAAGUGUGGGUUCUGUAGUCAUGGAUUCCACUGAUGUGUCUGGUUCAAUUAACGAUGUAUCUGCAUCUUCUGAGUCUUCGAAACAACCUAUGGCCUUCAUGAUACAUUUUUCUGAUAACAAAGAUAUUGCUUUGCCAAAACUACAAGAGAAUUUCAGCAAAUAUGCUGUAAGACACAAAAGGAUCCCAUCAUUACCAAAUGUUGAAGAUAGCAAGAAAGCAAAAGGUGAAGCAAAUGCUGUGCAAGCUGUAGGUCUCUCUCCCUUGCCUAUGAGAGGUGCCCGACGGGGUGGCUACCACUCAGAGGGCUACUUUUCCAGUGAUCAGGAAGAGGAUUUAAGGGGCAGAAGUGACUUCUUUCUUAAGAAGUUCAAGAAUCUUGAGAAAGGUUUGCGAAUGACCAAUCUAGCUCAGGAAAAGAAGAACAUGGCUGAUCAUGACAAAGCAAUGAAUUCUGAACACACAGACAGUUGUGAGUUUAGUAACUUUUCUGAGGAGGGUUCUCUGCAGAAGAUGGCAUAUGAUGAAUCAGGCAUGGAGAGCAAGAGGCAUAACACAUCACUGAACAACCUGAGCACUCUCAAGCCAGAGGACAUGCUUGCUAGAGAGGACUGGCUUGUGUUGGGUGCUAGUGAUGAGGAGGAGAUAGGAGCUCAGAACAUGACAGAUGAAUUGAAUGAUCUAGAUUUGGAUGGAAAAAAUGACUCAUCUAAUGAGACAGUGAGCGAAGCAGGGACUUACACUAUUGAUAAAGAUGCCCCAUGCCCAGAUGUGGAGCAGGCCAGGCUGGAAAUAGAGAAAAUGGUAGAGAGACGACUGAAUACAGAGAAUGGUAUUCAUGCUGUUGGGGACAAGCAAGAAGAGAACAACUUCACGAUGAGCAGUUCGUAUCAUGACAGCUCCAGCUGGAUAAGUGAGUGGGCAACUCAGGUGGCUAAACACAAUCACAAGAGUAAUCCAGAAAAGGAGUGCCCUGCAGGUCUCCCCCCUCUGCCUUUGGGGAAACAUCAAGAUGGUGAUCUGAGCCAAGUGGUGCUGACAAGGAUUCCAUCUCCAAUCCUCAGCCCUGGGGUGUCACAACCCACAGGAUGCAGGCUUUACUUAUCACCACAACACACAGCUCCCAUAAACUUGCACUGUCCUCUGAACCCAUUACCCAUGCAGGAGACUGUAGAUGGCCACAGUGACAGCAGUUUAGAAACAGAAUCAUUCCUCCGAGCGACAGAAUCAGUUGUGACAGCAAUGCAGGCCCGCAUGAGUUUCUCACUGGAUUCAGGAGGAGAGUCUGAUGUGGACACCAGUCACAGUUACCAGGCACCCCCAGGCUCCACCACAGGAGGGGGUGUAGACAAGCAUCUUACCUUUAGAAGGUCAAGUGUUGCAGCACACUCUGACAGCAGCAGUGAUACUGGUGGUGGAGGCACUGACAGCAAGCCCAAGCGCAAGGAUCUGCCUGUAGCAGCAGUUCCUGCACCUGCACCUCAGAUGAGAUACAACAGGGCUUUCAGUCUACGUCGUGCUCGACUAGACACUGAGGAGCCAUCAUCAGCUGCUGGAGACAGUCGACGAAAGAAGACUGAUGUAGCACCUUCCACAGUUACCAAUCCUGCUAACAAAUCUAAGAAAAAUGUGGACCCUCCAAAAAGUGCUCAAGCCAGAAGCACAGCCAAGGGAAAAAGCCCCAAGCCUGAUACCUUCUCAAGGACAGACUGUGGAAGAUACAGUGUGCGAGCUCCCAGAACUAUUUCUCAGCCUCUCCAUGCUCCAAAACCUGCUGUCUCUCUAAAAAAGGAUAUGAACAGGAAAUCAGGUGGUGCUGGUGGCCGGAGUAAUUCAACAUUGUCCUCCAGGGAAGUGGAAUUCCAGAAUUGGAAGCGAAGGAAAAGUUAUGACCCCAUGAAGGCUGCUGCUGAAGGCAAGAAGAAAGAAGCUGCAAAGAAGGCGACAAUGAGCAGCAGCAUGACACAGUCUUCCAUCAUGCCCUCUGAGGUGUCUUCCUCUAGUAUGCAGAACCCAGUGCUGCGGUCGGCUUCAUUCCAUGGCACGGCUGGUUUGACCCCUAAAUAUAUCUCUUCCGAAGAGGAGGAAGAGGAGGAGGUGACUCUAUCUGCAGAUGAAAGCACACCAAUGUUUGGACAGCCAGCAUUGCAUACUGCUCCCAUGUCCCCCUCCAAGGCACUUUUGGAAGGUGCAUUCGGAGGAAGUCGAGCCUCUCUGUACAGUAACACUUCAAAUUCAUCAUUACGAGGAAGAAAUAAGUUGGAGGCCCUGGAUAGUCUAGUGAUGGCAGCCGUGUCCAGCCUAUCAAACAAAUUGCGUGGAAGUUCAUGCAAUUUGCUAAAGAAACUCAGAUACCUGUAUGAGGAGGACAGCGAUCGGGCAGGUAAACUGAGUGCUGUGAUCGAGGUGCUGGAGAAUUCAGCUAGCCCCAACUCACCACAAACCAAAAGUCCAUCCAAAGAGUUAUCAGGAACUCUGAAAAACUUGAAGCGAAUGGAGAAUGUGUUCAAAGUGUUGGAUGAAGUACUGUUUGAUGAAGAGGACUUUGACCUUGAGUUGGAGGACUGCCAGUGAAUUUUUUGUUAAGUGUGAUAUCAUCAGUUGUACCUUGCUGCCGUGUUACUGCUAACAGAGAGUGCAAUGUUUGAUGGUCUCAAAAUGCAUACUAAUACACCAGUGUCAGCAGUGCUUCCCUCAUGGAUUAUAUUUCAGAACAAAUAUAUGUCUAUAAAAUAUACUGUAUUUUCUCAAAUAUCCCAUGCCUUUGAAUGAGCUGCAUAUCCCAUUUCUUCUUCAAGGUUUUAUUGCUUGCAAGGAUUCCUUGUUUCCUCAGAUAGGCCUUACUCCCUCAUUAGUUGUCCCCUUUCCACCGACCUCCAUUCCAGUGCAUGGCUUGGUAAUUGGUGAUGUUCCAUUUGACAGACUGUCCAUACCAUAUCAGUCAUUUUCAUAAACUUAGUCUUACUAUUUCCUACUUUAGCCUCAUCUUUAGUGACUUCAGUCUGGACAUUGUUUUGAAGUUAUUUCCUUACAUAUCUCCUCCAAAAGGCAACUUUCGUUGCUAACAAUUUCCUGUGUAUAUUUAUUACCAAUGCAGUGCUCCAUAUCGAUCCCAUAAGACUGAAUUUAGUAUUAUAGCAGUAGCUCAGCCCUUUGUUAUUUUGUUGCAUAUAUCUUCAUGGCUUGUGCCUGUCUUAUUGAAGAUAUUUUUUAAGAUAUAAUAAAUAAAAAAGUCUGUUAAUUUAUUUGUAUAUUAAAAUCUACAUGUUGAGUAUAAAGGUGCAUAACAUACAAAUGUUUUGAAAUUUGAAUGUGAUGUUUUAGUCUAUUUCAAAUGCAGCCUUUUACUUUCCGGGAUUGUACAUCCUGCCACUGGGAAAGACUUCCAUUUUUUGUUUUAUUACAUAAAGUGUUUCUUGCAAAAAGCCUCUCAAUCCAUCCCUGGAUUCCAGGUUCUUUUGCCAGGGCCUUAAAUGAACAUAUUUUGGUUGAUACUGUACACCUGAACUGACACUUCGUACUUAGGUAUUUACAAAAUUGGUCUUCUGUUUCAAGAUGUUCUACUUUCUGACCAUGAAAAGACAUAUGACAACAUUGACUCUGUUUUCCUUUUUCAGAUUUUAGAAAGCUUUCACUAAUGUAUUUUCUGCAGUAAGCAUGACUUCUGAUUUUGUCUGCACCUCAUUAUUUUUCUUUUCACUAACCAUGGAAAUGCAUGCCUUAAGUACUCAUGCUCACAAAAAUGCAUACAGCACUUGACGGAUUAACAUCCACUCAUACACUGUGGCUGCAUAUGGGUAUGGACAUGAAAGGAAGAUGAAAUUAUGAGAUGUUGCUCUUGGAAUGAGGUGUGUUGUCAGCCUUAUCAUGAAUGAACAGCACCCCAGUUUUUGUCCUUUUUUUUUUCUCUCUUAGAAAGGUGUGCAUGAGCUAUUGAAGAAAAUACAGUAUAUUGCAAAGUGUCACUUUAACAUUCCUGAAUAAAAGUAAGUGUUGCCUGUUAGUGUGUGUGGUCUUGCCAUAAUUGUAUUCAGAAGACUAUUGCAUAAAGCUGCAUCAGUACUUGCCUAGCAUUAUCCUCCGUGGAGUCUGUCUUGUGCAUCCAAUCCUCUGUACUAUUAUGCAACACAAAUUUAAAAUGUGCAUGGAAUUAUGAGAUUCCCCUUCGUUGUGGGAAGUACUGAAACCUUAAAUGAUACCAUUUUAUUUUCACCUAAGAAUUAUUUUGGGUCAUUGGGUCUGUGGAUAAGACAUAAAGGAGAAAAUGCAGUCACUAGAUAUACCCUUGCAUAUGCUGUUGCUAGCUCUAAAAUAAUUUCAACACAGUAAAAACCAAUGUGAUUAUGUUUUUCCUUCUUUAAGUUAUAUGGAACAACAGAGUGGCUCAGAAGUCAGUUAACCGAAAGCAUUCUGUCAUAUUAAUGUGAAUGUUCAGAUUUAAACCAGAAAGUCUGUUUGCUGAAUGGUAUCACAGCGUCGUGAGUUGUGCAUUGAACGUGGAGGAUCUUAUUUCGAACAAUUUUUGUAAAUUCAGUAAGAUGUAAAGAAAUUUCUAACAUAUUUUAGUGUACAUAUUACUAAAUGGUGAACGGAUAUCUGGUGUUCCCUGAUUUUUUUUAUUUUUGAUAAGGUGGCAUACCUGGUUGCAUGGCAAUUCUGCUUCAACUGCAUUGAUUUUGGGGGGAGGGGGGUGAGACAAAAAAUUAUCUCUCAUUGUUGCUUGCAUGAAAUUUGGCAGAAGGAAUUAAUGCAUAUAAAUCAAUUGAUUUUAUAGCACUGAUUGGAUGGAAGGAUGAAUGAGUGAGGAAGAAUGUGGUUAUCUAUUUUAAGAUACUGUCUUGUAUUUUCCUCAAGGGAUUAAGGAAAGCCACAAAAAUCCUGUCAGAGAGUUGAAUGUGGGACUUCUGAAUAAAGCAUGAGUGCUAACCACUCAACUGGAACAUUCAUUAAUUAAGGCACAUCAAAUUAAAUUUGAAGUCACACCAGUGAUGCCAAAAGAUGAAAAUGAAAUUUCUGUUAUCAACUUUUACAUUUUUAUUUGAUUUCAAUGAAAUGUGUGGUUAACUGAAAGCCUUCCAGCAGAUUAUAAUUUCUGUCAGUAUGGUUUACCAGUUUUGGAACAUACAGUAUAAAGGUAAAUGUAGGUCUUAAAAAAAAAAACAAGUAUUUAUGACAUUGAUCUGUCACUGAAGCCAACAGGCAAACAUGAAACUUCGAAGAGCUCUGUCUUAUGAGAAUGCUGUGCAGUCAACUGAUGUUUCAAGGGAACUGAUAAAGUGCAAUGUAGUUGACACACAGUAGACAUGAGCAGUCAUCGAGAGAAUCAGAGUUUGAGACACACUGGUUUGUCAGUGUUGCCGGUAAACAAAUCUGAAAUUACAGCUGUUGUAUACAUGCAUAAUCUUUGACAUGUUCAUUCACUUCAUAUCUUGCUUUGGAAUGCAGUUAUAUAUUUUCUUUCCAGACGGUUCUUUUAUGCUUGGUAUUGUGCUGCUUAACAGUGACAGUAUCAAAAUAUGUUAAAAUUUGGUGAGAAGGGCCAGUAUAUUUUUACUUUCAGUUGUCAUUUCUGCUUCCUUUAUGUUUGUAAGUAAUCAGUUUCCUCUCAACAUUUUUCUUCAAUUGAGAGUGGUUGCCCAUUAAAGACUCAUCAGAAGUAAAGCACUGUGUGCCUAAUUGGUGUUGUUGAUGACAUCUGUGCUUGGCCCUGCAAUAAACGUGUGUAACAAGAAAUGUAUAUGUUGUUUGUAAGGCUGCAGAUUCAGUGAAAAGCCCCCCCCCCAGGAAUGAAGUGACAAGCUUUGUGUUAUAUCUUUUUGGGUGUUUCAUAUCCAGAAUGUGUGCAUAUUCCACAUAACCAUCAACAUCUUAAUCUGAAUGUAGCUUUAGUAGCAAAUACCUAAGAAAGAUUACUCACCAUAAAGUUAAAUUUAUGUUAUGAGUAAUAUGUUCCAUUUUUUAUAUAGUCAGGAUCCUAUAGAAAUCAUAGGGUAUCUCCUGAACUCUGUCAUGCUGAAGUAAACCUAUGCCAAUGUUUAUACUUAAAGUUUCAGUAGCAGUUUCACUAACAUUUAUACCCCUACCCCUUUAAUUACCUUAUGAAAUAAAGCUGUAGGCUGUCAUGAGAGAAAGUGAUGGCAUAAUCAGAAGUAGUGGUCUCAAUCUGAAAGUUGUGAGAGCUUGUCACUGCUGUGAAUGUGGCACCCAAAACAAAGACUUGCAUGACUUACUGUUCUUUAUUAUUUUAAUUACAUUCACAAAUAAUUUCAAUGGCCUUUGGUUAUUACAAACUGAAUUUGUUUGGUUCUAAGUUUACUGAAUGCUGCUUUGUUAACUCCAUAGGUUAUGGCACUGAAAAUUUAAUUUGUGUUUGAAUAAUUGUUGGUUUUAUCUUAUCUUUCAACUUGCAUUUACUGUUCUACACAACAGCCAAGAUGUUGGGAAGUGGCUAGACUACCUCUGUUCAUUAGUGACAUUUGUAUAUAAAGGUUUUGGGGAACUAUAAAACUGAAUCCUAAACUAGGGACAACUAAACACAUUCAGAUCUAGUGCAACCCUCCUCACACCUGUAAUAAAAAAUUUCUGAUGUCGCAUUUUAUGCAUGUCCUUGUAGUUUAGGCAAUAGUUUGUAAGAGGCUGUCACAAUAGAGUACUGAUUGAUAACAGUUUAGGCAUCAUAUAAAGAAAGAAGAAUAAUGAAAUGCUGGAAUGUUAUUUAAAGGCAUUACUACACAGUCUUUGUAAUGUGGAAAAUGGUCUGGAUACAGGAGUUGUUUGAUGAUUUUCCAGCUGGGACCAUCAACAUUGAAUCCCAAACAAUACGGAACUUCAGUGUGGUGCAACAAAGUUUGUGGGGAUUUAACUAUACGCUUGCACUGUGGGCUACUCGCAACAAUGAAUAUCCAUGCAUGCUUAGUGACCUGGUACUGUUGUUGGACAAUCCUUCACUGUGCACCACAGUGAACUUAACAUUGCUCUUCUGUUAGCACCUCUCAGCUUAUAACUUUACUCAGUUUAUACUAUGUACUGUGUCAAAGAUAGCAUUCAACAAGGCCAGGAUUUAAUUUGUAACAACUCAAUGUUUCUCCAGUAUUUUGUCUUUGUAUAACUGUUCUGACAGUAUUUUAAAAUAUAUGGCAAAUAAGUUUUUAAUUUUAUGCUGUAAAUCAGGCAUUUGCAAGAAUGACUUUUUCAGCCUGAGGCAAGAAUUUGGAAAUAUUUCAAGAAAUACAAUGAGAAAACCAUCUUCUCUACUAGGCUAACAUUUCAAUGUAAUUAUUUAUGACACUAGCCACUUUUUCACAGUGCACUGAAGUGUACUACCAUAUUUACCUGAAUGGAAGAUGAUUCCUAAUGCAAAAUGAAUCCAUACUAUGAAUUAUGUCUGCACAGAGGAAAUAAUUUUAUGAAUUUCAUACCCUUAUUGUAAGCAUGUGAUACAAAAUAUAUAUUAUAAAAAAUGUUGUAAAUUAUA